CAAGCCCGCAAAUAACCAGCGAUAUCGGAUCACAAAUUGCAUGCGAUAAUGCCCGAUAUACAAUGCCCAUGUGGCCUAAUACCAAUCAGCUAGUUGUUACGGAAACACCAACCGACUGGUAGACGAGUAAAGUACGGGAAAGCAGACGAACGGUUUAAUCAAAAUCUGGAAAUUGUAGGCGGUGAUCUAAAUUAUUUGAAGCAGUGUGUGGUAUUCGAAUCAAGCAAGGCCCAGAUUGGAAAUAUGUUGACGACUGUAGUAGCUGACGACCGUUCAGGUUUUUGAACUUUUGAAACAUAAAUAGCUCAUCAGGGGGUAAAAAAGAAGGUCAGAAGUCAAACAAUCAUAGCCUGAGUAUUUGGUGUGGAGUGUUUGUGCAUUCCGUGAUGAUUCGCCAUAAUAGACAAACGUACCCCUGAAGCGAUCCUCGGACGAGUAACCAUAGCCACGGAAUUCAAGACUUACGGGUGCGAGAAGAACUUGAUCAUGGUGGAUCCUAUCCAAGUUCCAUGAGUGAGUAAAAAGUCGCCUCGGGAAAUACACCGCCAUGGAGUCAAUCGAGGACUACACAGAUGACCUUCGUGCCUCUCUCAGGCAGCGCAUGGAGCACACCCUCAAUGACAAGAAAGUUCAAGUUGCCGAUAUCCUCUCCAGCACGCAUGGGCAGAUGAUGGGGGCCAAGUUGACCGAUCCUCAACAUUGGUCCUACUCCGGUUCCCGCCGGUGUUUGGCCGAAAUGCUGCAUCGAAGCUAUGGAGGCCCGAGUUGGAAUAGUCCAGCGACGCCCCAAGGCUCACCGGCAGAUGGCGUGUUUUCUUCCAUGAGUCAGCGAGAGGAGGUUGUGGAACCCAUGGACAUCGUUCCAAUCAAUCAUCAGGAGACAGCGCCACGUGAUUACGAACAGGUGAACUUGGGGAAGGCAGAUGACAGACAGGUUCAGAGGAGAGUUAGGUUUGAAGACGACGUAGGUAAAAACAGCACAUCUGCACCAAGCCUCAUCAAUAACACUUUCCCGGGUGAGAUGCUUAAAAGGGUUAAUGAACCCACACGAGCAGUUUGUGGAGAAAAACUUCUUGUGAAAAACGCGGACAGGACGGGAAAACAGAAAUAUACCCCACAAACCCACAAUCUCCACGAAACAGAGGCGAUCAAACGGUACAGAAGACGCGAUGCAAGCCACAUCCAUUCCAAGGAACUAUCGGGUACUGCAAGCAAGUCGGGCGCUCUGCGUCGGGGAACCUCACCCUUGUCUCCCGAACUUGGAAACCAUCAUAUGCUUUCGGGAUCUUUCAGACCAAAAGUGAGUUAUGAUGGUUCGAAUCACGACGAAGUCAGUUCGUUAGCCAUUCUUCCAAUCAAUUCAAAAGACACUGGACUAUCAGCUCACCAUAGUUCAUCUGAUAAAAGUUCGGCACCAAAGCGAACGCGAAACAAAAAGUUCGGUUCCCAAGAUACGCAUGCCGAAUUAAGGCAAUCCACUGGCCAACGAAAUGAACAAGUUGUCAUUUUCGAUAACUGGAUAAAGCCACUCAACAAAACUGAAUCCGCUCAGCUUUUCAUGCAGUUAGGAGACAGCAUGGACGGGGAAAGGCGGGAAAAUGACAAACAUGUAAAAUCUCCAGGACCUAAACCUCAGAGGUCCUCCAAGUCCACUCAGACGGAAACGCGACCUGACCAGUUUUGCAAAGUUGUACUGUUCACGGUUCCUCACUUCUCCGACCUGCGGGUGCAAGCCGGUUUGCACGGGGGAGACAGUGCCUACAUUUCUGCACGGAAGUCUAAAUCCACCCAGAGUGCAGACAUGACACAAUGCCUAGCUCGGAGACAAGGCACACGCACUAAUUUUCAGUCAAUUCUCGACAAUGCGGACAAGAGAUUGACGGGGAUCGAACGGCAGAAGGGCAAGUCGUGCCUCGCUCAAAGAGAGAUCAGCAGAGCACAUCUCAUCACCAAGGCCAGCCAUAUUGCGAGACCAGAAAUGUCAUGUGAACAUCUUAGUGAGGACAUUGACCUAUGCAAGCCUUCUAGGACUGUUGGAACAAAUACUUCCCCUGAAGGAACUGAAUACAGUCAUCCGACAAAGAAUCUCGCUAAAUAUAAAUGGAAAUCUGACGAGAAAUCGCACAGAGGAAAGCGUCCUCUUUCCAACUCAACCAAAAUCAUGCCAGACGUGAAUGGCGCCCUCUCUACCACUGAUUCGGCUAUGCAGCAGCCUCGUGCAAAAUCGAAAAGCGCGGGAAUUUUCAUAACUGCCACGGACCGGAUUUCACCAACUUCGCCUGCUGGGCGGUCGCAUGCCUCUACUUCGGAAUGUUCGGACCAGAAUUCAACCAAUGAGACAGGAAUAUUGGUCAUUCAUGCCGCCAGUGGAACAACUAAAUCUAUGCCACUUACGCCACGAACUAGUAAAGUCCCUUUGAAAAAUAAGACAUUUUAAGCAUAAUUUGCGACUUCUGACGAUCAACACUAAACAAUUCCUUAAACUUCUGCUGUUCGUUGGCGACCCGUGCACUAGACUUAUACAUUGUACAUCGGUGUCUUUUAUCCCAGCACCGCACUAGUUCUUAAUCUUCACACCAGAUUCAUUCACACAUCACUUUCUGCAGUUACUCCAUUCAUUUUCUUUUGUACAUUUCUGUGGCGUUUUAUUCUUUUCUUUAAAAGACACAAACUUCUCAUUUCGAAAGAUUUAGUUUGACACUUAAUAGGAAUAAAAUCUGUAUGAUUCAAGUAAAACAACAACUAAAAGAAAAAAAAAUAACAGUGAAAAUACUUUGUGCUCUAUAAAUUAGAAUGACUUUUAUCCACACAAAAUUCUCAAUUAACGAAUAAAGACGAUUUUGUGAUUGUACAUUUAUUGUAUAUUGCUAACAAUGUUUUUCAACUCUGUUCCCCAGGAAUAUAUGAAUAUUUUAAUAUAUUGGAGUUAAUUUAUUCAAAAAAUACUAGAAGUCCUUUAUAAAUAAAAGUAGCAAUACAGCCUAAAACUUUAAAUCACCACGCAGCAAAGAUAAGCCUUGUAAUAACCGAGAAGUUUAAAAAGUGGACUGCACAACCUGUUACAUGUAUAUAGAAAUGCAAUGUCAUUUAAUUCUUUGAACUCAUUAUAGAACUAUC